AGUUUCCUUACGAAAAAAAACUAUGAUCAUAUACUGAUAUACUGAAUCAAAAUAUCAAUAGGAACUAAUGAUCCCAAAUAUAAGGAUGGAGGGAAAAAAAACUUGUUGAAGCAAUCAAAGAGUAUGGUGUGCAUUAGUCAAUUCCGUCCAUAAUUCGAUUUUUUUGAGAUAGGAUCGGACAAGAAAACAAAGGGAAAAUAUGGAUUAGACCGGAUCAAAAGAAUAUUAGGUUUAUCUUGUUUGAUUCGAUCUAGUACAAAUUUAAUUUUGGUACAUUUUUCUUCAUAUUUCAAAUAAUUCAUAGGAUCAUAUACUGAUAUACCGAAUCAAAAUAUAUUUGAUCCCAUAUAAUUCGUUCGAAUCGGUCUGAUUUGAACUAGAUCUCAUUGCUCACCCCUAAUCAAAAGCCAACUCUUGCCGUAUGUUUCGGCUUUUGCUAUAAAUACCUCUUUUUUUUUUAUAGUGAAAAUAUAUGUUUGUAAGAUUAUUUUAUGAAGUUUUGUCAAGAACCCAAUUCAUGUGAGAUAGUAUCAGAUUCUUCAAUAAUGGAGAGGUUGUGCAAAAUUCCAACCUACGAAUUGGCUUAUAUUUGAGGGUGUAAAAUGUAAAUAGUAUAAUUUUCCAACAACUUAAAAUAUUUGAACCAACUGAGUCUCCCCUGUUUCAUUCCGAUUCGAUUGCUUGUGUGCUCUUGUCUGUCUAAUAUAAGUCGUAAUUGACUAUAAUUUUCAAGCAAGUUGCUUUAUCCAAAUAAGUCGUGAUUGACUAUAGUUUCCAUGCAAGUUGAUAUAUCCAAAUAAGUCGUAAUUGACUAUAAUUUCCAUGCAAGUUGAUACUCGUCAGCGUUAUAAUUCAACUGUUUCGAAUAUAUAUAUAUAAAUUCCAUUGUGGACACCUAGGGCUUUGACUUAACUGAUGAAACCGCCGCCAACUGUUUUGGCAAGUUGCUAGAUUCAGACGUGGGCAUAUAUAGGAAGUCAACCCUAUAGUGCCUGAAGAUGUGCUGUGCAAAAUGGCAGCUUAGAUUCAUUGGCUGCAGCUUCGAUCUAUUUCAACGCUAUUAUUUUUCAGGGAGCAUGCAUGCAUGCCACCAACUUCACAUGGCCUGAGCUAGAAUCUCGUUGACUUUCUAUUUUCACUACGGUGUGCUUUCGUUCGUAUACCGUUUACUAACACCCCCUUCAAACUCAAGCCAUUCAGAUAGGCUUGGAGUUUGGACAGACACAGGUCCGGACACCGUGUGCUUAACAGAAACAGAUGGGGUCAUCGGGAAUCGAACAGAAGACCUCACGGUCACAGAAGCCUCUGAUACCAUAUUAAGUACCAGUUGAUCCCAAUAACUCGAGUUGUUUAGAGAGGUUCAAUUGUGGAUCGUAUACCGUUUACUAACACAACACAGUAGAAUUUCCAAAACAAUGCUAUAUAUUGAUACACACCACCUCCAGGCGUUAUUCCGAGUCUGGUCUGCCGCCGCUGGUGAUCUGGUGGCUAGAGAUGAUUCUCUGUUCUGUGCCAAAUCGGUGUUCCCUCAGAACGAGGCGUUCGUCGUAAGGCUGCCGGUUCGAAGCCGGCAAUGCUCGCUCGCCGCUCGAGCGCUGUCGAUGCCGGCUACUACCAGAAGGUUUGUGUUCAAUGCAUCUGCAAUCGCGAGGCUGAAAAGGAGAAAUGCAAACCAAUAGGAGGUGUCAUUGUUACGUGGAUUUCCCGUAUUAGAACUUCCACGCAACGUGUCUCUCACGAAUCGAACUAACGAACUCAAGAAUGGCUUUAGAACGAAGAGAAAUAGACUUAGAACGAAGAGAAAUAUAGAGGAUCGAGGACUACUACUAAGCUAAUUCUGUUCCGAUAUUCUCAUAUUAUUAAACGAAAGACACAAUACAUAUUAUUAAUAGGCAUAAGAAGUCUCUACCUUUUUCUAUCUAGAACAUGAAACCUUUCCCACAAGAAAAAGAUAACCAAAUCCUAAACAUACUAGAAAACAAUCCCAAAUCCUACUAAGGCAAGUAAACAAUAAUAAUAUCCCAAAUAAUAUGAAAUGAAAAUUUUGUGUUUGGUAUUAAAAUGAACUCAUUUUUAAUAUAAUUCUAAAUUUUGAAUUCUAUGAAAUUAGAACUAGUUAUAGCAAUUCCGAAAAAGAUGAAAUUUUCAAAUUAAUUCCACAAGCAUUUUAGUAAUUAUUCUAGAAAGAUAUAAUUAUUAACUAAAUUACUUCUAGCAGCACCAGUAUACAGAUUAUGCAUGCCUAACCUCCUAUUUCCACCGGUAUGUUAACCUAAUAUAUAUAGUUUCUCCAAAACCCAACAUUUUGAGCAACUCCAAAUUCCAAUACGAUGGCUAAGCGGCAACCUACUAUUUGACUAUUGAACCAACUCUCCUUUUAUUUCCAAAUGGUUGGAUAGUAACUUUGUCACAUGGUUUUUUUAGAAGAUUCAUUUUUUAUGAAGAUUGGUUUUGCCAGAAAUUAAUAAGAGUGUAGUUGAAAACUUUAAUUUAAUACAAUUCUGAAUGUAUGCCAAACAUGGUUUUGGAAUUUAUUUUAUUUUAUUUCUAAAGUUUUAGAUAUGACAUUCCAAACACAAGAUGUAGAUAUGUGGUGUUCACUGUUCACCAUGAUUAGGGGUGGGUAAUGGUCUGGUUUGUACCGGACUGCACUAGAUCAAUGUUUGGACCGAACAUACCGAACUGAGUAUAGCACGGUCUGGUCCUUGAUCCCAUGAAAUUUAUAAUUACUGUUCGUCGCCACUUUGUGGAAAAUCAUUAGGUAUGAAUAUGUUAAAUACCUGUGACUCGAUUGGUGAACCAAAUUGACAUUUGGACUGGACCAAACCAUGCCAAAUGAGACCGAAUGCAAUAAUGGUCCAGUCGUUGGUCCUAAGACAUCUUUUACUAAUGGACCGCGUUUUCAUGAGUUUGGUCCGAUCUAGACUAAACUGAAUGUUGCACACCCCUCCAUGAUACACUUCCAUACAAAGUGGUAUAAUCUUAUGUACAUACCAAGUAGUACCGCAUGGUAUGGGUGGGUAAUAAAAGUCUCAUUUUUUUUUCAAAAUAUAUCAAAGUGGAUAUCAUUUUUAAAAACACAACUACUCUAAUUUUUCUGUGCAAUUUUCUUUUAAUUUUGACUUAAAACAAAAGAGAUGCAGUCCGUUAAAAUUUAUUGGGGAAAAUUAAUAGUCUUUUUCAUAUAUGAUUAAUAUAGAAUUAUACAUGGUUAUUAUGCGGAACCCACUCUCCAAUUUUGGCAACAAAAUAGAUUCUCCUAACCCGCCCAUAAGAAAAUCCACCCUCAAUAAUAUAUUAAAAAAAAAUUAACACCCCAAUUAAAUAUUUCCACCGGACUAUUUAUGGGGACAACUAAAACCAACUAAUUAAAUACAAAAACCACAUAAUGUAUUCUAUGGGAACGGCUACGGUGCUUAAUUGUACAAUAGUUAGCACCGUACUAAUCAAGGGAAAAACUACUACUAGUUUGAAUUAGUAGUGAUUUAGCUUAGAUGUUGUAUUGAUUUUAUAAUAAUCCGUAGUGAUUUUUGCUAGUUAUCACGGUGCUAACCCCUAUAAGGGUUAGCACCUAAUCCCAUCCCGUAUUCUAUGGAGACAAUUUAGUGUGUACUUGUCCCUAAUACGACUAAGAAAACUAUCUCUCAGGACAACAUAAAAAGGUCUUUCCCUA